AUGCUCAAUGUCCUGGCUAUAGCUACUUGGAGUCCCGGUCAUAUUUACAGCUAUCGGGCCUUUCCUCGAUUUACAAUUGUCAAGCGAAGCAUUUGGCAAGUGAAGCGCUACUUUGAGCCACAAUUGAAGGAUAUGGGUGGUUAUCCAAUAGUCACCAUGCCAGACAACGUGUUUCCGCGUACUGUUGUUUACAAGGAUGCACAAGGACAUUAUCAGCUGUCCGGUUACCUGUCGUCAUUUAUGGAAAACUUUGCCAAAACAUUAAAUGCAACACUCAAGAUUUCGUGGCACCAGGUGCCUCGGGACAACGAAAUUGUAAAAUUUAAAAAAGUGACGCGUCUGAUACAAACCAGAACUGUGGAUAUACCUGCGUGCAUUUCAAAUAUUGCACUGGAUCCCGAUUUCCGGAACUACAGUCAUGUGAUGGAAAUAUCAAAAUGGCAGCUAAUGGUGCCACUCGAAUCGGAGAUUGACCGGACAUUGUUGGUCUUUGGUGGCGGAAGCCAAAUGCAGAUCGUCUACGCAAUGUGUUUAAUGUGCCUAUUGGCCCUGCUGCUGCAUAAUGUUAAUCGCCUGGAAUUGGGUCUGGCGCCCAGUGCUUGUUGCUUGGGGGCGUUGACCGAUCCCGUGCUUAGGGCCAUACUCUAUCAGACACUAUCGAUGCCAAGGCGUCCCAGCCUAAGGCUUAAAAUCACAUACAUGCUGAUCCUGGUGUCCAGCUUUCUAUCCUACAAUACCUAUAUAACUCAGCUGGAGACGAACCUGGUGCAUCCCCUUACAAAACCACCGAUACGCAGCUACCAGGACAUGCGCAGGGUAGGCCUCAAGAUUCUCUUCACAGAUCUUGACAAGCCUGCCAUGCUCAAGGCCAUUGGCAAACACGUACUAAGCACUAAUUGGGACGUCCAUGAGCUGGUGAACAGCUCUGUGUUUCAGGCCAUGCGCUGUCUGCCAAAUUCCUCAUAUGCCUAUCCAGUUACCCAAACGAUGUGGCCCUUCAUAGAACGUAAGUUCGCCAGACAACAUCGGGCACCUUUUCGCCUGUCCAAGGAUUUCACGUUACUUUCGCUCGUUCCCUUUGCAAUACCGCUGUCCAACGACUCCAUUUACCAUCGGGCCCUCAAUAGUUAUAUUCUGCAUACCCAAGCCAGCGGCCUGUACUCAUUCUGGUAUCGCCGGAGCUACUAUAAACUACUUAGUAUUGGCAAAAUGGAGGAAUUGCCCUACAACAAUUUCGAAUGCAACUGUUAUUUACGCUGGAUAGAUCUAUACUACUUUUGGCUGCUAUACACAUGCAUGGUUUGUCUUUCCCUUGUAAUAUUCGCCUUUGAGCUCUCAGCACGCUUGAUAAAGAAAAUAAUACGCGAGCAGUUGGUAUAA